CCUGUGUUAAAAGUUGCAUGCACACCAUGCAUGUGUUCAGACGCUUGUUUCUUUCUCCAAGGGAAGUUUCAUUGGGUAAAGAACACAUUAGAAGACUCCACUUGUCAUUUGACAAAGAGCUUCCCUUGGCUCAGAGCUACAAGGCUGCAGUGUGUGAAGAGCUGGGGAAACCACUUGUUGUGAAAGAUGUGGCAUCACAGGAAGAGUUGAAAAGAGGGGAGGUUUGUGUGGAGGUUCACAAUGCAGGGGUGAACUUUGCUGAUAUCCUGAUGUGUAGUGGACAGUACCAAGUGAGGCCAGAUCUACCCUUUAUUCCUGGUGUGGAAAUAUCGGGUCUGGUGAUGAAAGUAGGCGAAGGUGUCCAUUCCUUCAGACCAGGUGAUCGUGUCAUGGGACUGACGGGAGUUCUAGGUGGAAAAGGUGGAUUUGGACAAAUGUGUGUGACACAUAAAAAGCUUCUUUGGCAUAUCCCAGAAGUUCUACAUUAUCGUCCUGCAUCAGGGCUUCUUGCAUCUUACGGCACCGCCAUGAUGGCGCUACAGAGAAGAGCACGGGUUGUGGCAGGAGAGACAGUGUUGGUGUUGGCAGCAGCAGGAGCUACGGGACUGGCAGCAGUAGAUAUAGCAGCUAAUGUAUUUAAAACAAAUGUUAUUGCAGCCUGUGGCAGCUCAGAAAAAUGUGCGCUGGCAAAAGCCAAGGGAGCUCAUCACUUGAUCAAUUACAGUGAAGAGUCUCUGAAGGAGCGGGUUCUCGAUAUAACAAGUGGAAGAGGUGCUAAUGUUAUAUUUGACCCAGUUGGGGGAGAGUUUUUCAAAGAUGCUCUCAAAAGCAUCGCGGUAGAAGGACGACUGGUUGUGAUAGGCUUUGCAUCUGGUGACAUUCCUAAGAUUCCUGCCAAUGUUUUACUCCUCAAAUCCUGCUCCGUCAUGGGCCUGUACUGGGGCAGCUUUAUUCAGCAUAAUCCUGGUGCCUUUACGGACUCUGUAGAUAAAGUAGUGGAAAGUGUGGACAGGGGGAAGAUUAGGCCGCAUGUUUCCAAGAUGUUUCCGCUAAACAAGGUUAAUGAAGCUUUUGAUUACAUCAAAUCUAGGAAAUCCACAGGAAAAGUCAUCCUGGACGUAACAAGAAGUUCUUUACCAGCUGACAAAAUAAUUUGAUCCCCAGGGUAGGGGCAAUAUAGUUCAGUGUUUUAUCUAUAUAAAUAUAUAUAAAUGUAUAUACCACUAUAUUGAAAUACAUAAUAUAUGUGAAUAUGUAUUGUCAUUUGCAAUAUCUGUGCAUUUACUCCCUGAUGUUUAGGGAGUCUUAUUAUGUAUAUAUGUAUAAACCUGGAAUCUUAGGACUUGGAUCAAAUAGUAUGGUGCCAGUACUAAUUAAGCCUGAAUGCUAUGAUAAUCAGGGUGCUGAUUUGAAUGGUAUGCAGGUUAGAGUCAUAGAGGAACACUUAGAUAUUUAUGGUUUGAUAAUCAGGGUACGCAUUUCUAUUGAUAUCAUCUUUAGUAGAAAGUUGAGCACCAUGAGUGUUUAGUUAAGUAUUUAUAGUUCAGAAUUUUUCUUACAACACUGCAGACUUAUGAAGGUGAUAGCUUUUAUUUUUGUACUGUGAAUGAACUUGUCUUAGUGCAGGUUUUAAGUGUAGUAUUUGCAUGCUGUAUUUGAACAUCCACAAGUGAUAUCAUAAGAAAUAUUACACAUGGUUCACUAAUAUUAUUUAUUUAUUUAUUUAUCAUUUCACAUUGCCAUCUGCAUGCUGUUGUUGAACAUCCACAACGGCUAUCCUAAAUUUUUUUUUUUUUUUUGAAAAAGUUUCAUAUUUUCACAGCAUACCAUGUUGGACCUCCAUUUCAGAAAUUUGAAAUGGUGGACCAUUUUCCAGUUAUUUGAUAAUUUGAGUUCCCCUGAACACAACCAGAGUCUCUGUGAUUUUAAUACUGGUGGUAGUUAUAGUAGUGUAUAUCUACAUCUGAUAUUUAAAAUUGAUAUUUUACACCGAUGCAUAACACUUCCUAGUGUAAGUCUCCUCCCCCUUUCACCGAUCCUCGUUCACUCACAUGUUGCUUUCUUGGGUGGUCAUUAUGAUACAGAACUGCCCUCUGUGGCCAAUGUCCACAUUGGUUGAUGCAAGUUAACGUUUCUGUUAACAGGUAAUAAUAGCCAUCCACAUCCAGCACUUGGCGUGCUCUUCUAAGAAGCCCAGCUAUGGUUUAUUGGUGGCCACCACACUCCUCAUUUGGACACUGUAGCCUGACACGCCAAAUCCUAUAUGGCAUCCAAACCAUAAAAGGUCAGCUGAAGAAGCGAUCCGGGUUGGGUGGGUUGUGGUACACUGGCAGAGGCUAAGGGGGGUUGUGCCAGAGUUGUAGGUUGUCUACUAACUCUGCUUUCCCAGAUGCACUGGUUUUGAAGUUUGCUCUCUUUAUCCACCUUGUCUUUCGUGGUGGAAUAUUGUUGUUCCACUGACCUUGUAGAUAAUAUGUUUCUGCAAAAGAGAAACCGUUUAUGAAAGUAGGAUGUGCAUAUAUAUAUUGUUGAUCCUAUAAUUUAUAUCUGUUCGCUAACUGAAUCCACAAUUUUUCCUCGAAUUCACCAGUUCCACAUUCAUGCACAUCACCAUGAAGAAGAGAAUUUUUCUUCUUCAUUGAUCUGCAGUACCAACACACCAAUCCUGGAGUCAUACUCCAUGGCAAAUGAACAGAUUUCACAUGGCAUCCUAGAUGUCUAUGUAGGUCUGGAUUGGACUCGAGCACAUAGGUAUUGAGGUUGAACUCUCCAGGUUCAUGUGCUCCUCUGUCCCAAAGGAUUUAACAGUCAUCUAGGUACUGUUUCCAUGAAUUUUCUAAAUGUUCUCUAAAAUAUUUUAAAAUUCUCUGUUAUCUGGUCAGGGAUGUAUCUCUGGGAACCCGUUAGGGAUCAGAAAAUAAAAUAAAAUUAUUGCCACCAGUGUGGCUUAAUCUGGUUAAGAAAGGCACAGCACAUAAAUCAGUUUUCUUCGUUUUAUUUCCUGAGAAUGCUACACUUUACAAGUCCCAUCUAUCGGUAUCUAGAACCAACUGUGUGCUGUACUUUCCUCUCUACUGCUGUAACCAUAUGCUGCUUAAAGUCUAAAAUGUAUACUGGCAAAUGUUAAAUUGUCACACUCUCUCCCUCUAAGUUUACUGAUUCCUCCUGGAGUCUGGUCAAUUAAACUACUAAAAAUCAUUCAACUCUCAAAAUAUUCUUAAACAAUUUAAAGCAAUUAAAAUCCAUUUAAUUCAUAGUUACUGUAAUUCUUUCAAUUGUUUACUGUCACUUUGAUUAAUAAUAACAUUCACUCUUAAAGUAUAUAAUUGGAUUAAAAUAAGUCAUUUAAAGUUCAUUGUUUAGUUUAUAAAAAUCAACCUGGAGUUUUUGGACAGUCUGUUCCCUUCUGAUGGGCAUCAGGGGCUGCUUUCUCUAAAUGGUCACCUUCUUUCGUUUUUUGAGGACAGUGUUUUAUAUGUUUCCAAAGGUCUCCUUUUUUUUAAAGAACGUUAAACAACGUGAGUGUGGAACACAUGAUCCAGCAUCUUCUUGAACAGUUGAUCUUCUAUGUGGUAUUAUUUUCCCAUCGCUAUCUUUUAGUAUCGUACUUUAACGUUGUGAGCAUAAUUCCUUUUGUUUCUAAGAGCAUCCAGUCUCCCAUGGCAGUGUCUUUUGCAGGUAUCCUUAAGUAUGGAGGGAGUCCCCUUGGCAGUCUUAAUUUGCAUUUUUGGAACUAGCAUUAUACUUCUGAACUACUAUAUUAGAAAUCUAUAUAAUAGAGAUAUUGAAGGUCACCUGCCAUUGAGCGAAUGAUAGCUGGGUGCUUUUCUUGGAAACCGGUGAAUAGACUAUGGCCAUGUUUCCCUCUGCAUCUGUCUUCCUUUUUUGAACGAAUUGUUACUCCUCCGCUUGGUCACAGGUAGUAAAUGCAUUGG